AUGGCCUCGAUUCGUCUCAGACCAAGUAGAGGCUCAACAAGCUUUUUACGGCGGUCUAUACUCACUUCAGCUCGUCUAGCCGAAUCCCAAUUAUCGUCUGAUCAGUCCCCUUUUCCAUCCUCGUCAUCGUCAUCUUCAUCUUCCGAUCCGCAAGUCAGAAAUUCUAAAACAUUUGAAUUCCUCUAUGGACCCGAAUCGAACUGGCGUAAACCCAAGAUCCCAUCCAAACCACCCACUCCACCAAAGAAACGACCCAAAGUCGACCCGGAGGCAUACAAGAAUUUACCCCCGUUGGAAAAUGCCACCGCGAGAGAGAAAUUGAUCGACUUCAGUCUGGCAGAAGGACAGAGUAACGAACGCAGAGCAUACUUUGCCAACGACAUUGAAAGUGAGCUGGGUGAAGAUUGGUCCAACCUUGAGAUUGUUGAGGGGGAAAUGGGUUUGGAAAGUGGACGGGUCGUGGAGUGCAGAAGAUCUGGUCAUACAACUAUAGGUUUGAUUCUCGCCUCGAUCACUCUAUCUGGUAAACCUCGAUUACUUCUCCUUCGGUCCUCAGGGGAAAUCUGGCCGGUAUCAUCCCACGAUGUCCAAUUCGUCAUGCCCUCUUCUCUCAUCUCACCCUCACUCGCUUCACAAUGUUGGUCUCCUGAAUUGCUCGAAUUGCUCUCCCAGAUCGAUACCAAGUCAGGUUUAGCCGAAGAGAACGACUCGGUCCAACCUACGCCUGAGAUGUUAUCCGCUCGGAGAAAGGUAGCGAUGAUCCUUAGAAAGAUACAUAGGGAGACUGAGAAGAUGUGUGGGAGGUUGAUGGCUGGCUCCUUCAGGCCUGAUGAUGGUCAUAGAAGUGGUGGACAAGUAGGAGGUAUAGAAUCAGUUUGGGCAAAUUGGACAACGGAAGAAAGCGGUAAUGAAAGAAAGAGUAUAACAGCUGUUCAAGCUGCUGAAUUUAUUCUAAACCCCGCAAAAAAGCAUUCACAAGAGGAGAAUAAGAAGAUCGAAGUAAGACCUAAUACUUUACCUGCAUAUGCCGCUCAUGUGUUGUUGAUGAGACGACCAGAUCUAUUUACGGCUGAUCAAGGGGAUAUGUGGCAAUCUGGUACGUUCCUCGUCCGAUCACGAAAGGAGAGAAGUCUUUUAGAUGGUGUACAGAAAGAUAUAGAUGAAUCGAUGAAUUCUGGUAAUACUCGAUCAACAGAUGAGGCUUUGCUGUCAUUCGUAGAAAAAGCUAAAGUGGUAGUGGAAAAAUCACGAAAACUUAGAGAAGAUAGUGAAGGAGGAGAAUUAGUCGAGCUGAGUCAAGUUGAUUUACCAGAAUGGACAGAUAAGGAUAAAGAAUAUAUAUCAAUCUUAUUGUCGCCCUUGACAGAAACACGGUCAACCCAGAUGCCAUCUUCUCUUCCCCUCGCCUUGUCUAUCAUCCGACUGAUUUUCCCUUCUUCAAAUGAAAUCGUCGAUAGAGGUACGCUAGCAAGACUGUUAUUGGAUCUAGGCGUGAUCGUUCCAUGGGAUUCACUGGAAUUAUCGAAAAUCACCGAAUCGGAGAAUCGAUCUAUGAUCAUGUCUUCUAUACCUACUGGAACGAAUUUAGGCGAGGGCGAGCUCAUGAAAGGGAAUGAACUAGAUUCGUUGAGAGAAGAUUUCACUUCGCAUAAGGUGUUCGUCAUUGAUGAUCCAACUGCUUCUGAAUUAGAUGAUGGAAUAUCACUGGAAAGGAUACAAGACUCGGAUGAUGUCUGGGUUCAUGUUCAUAUAGCCGAUCCUACAAGAUUCAUACCUCCUAAUCACCCAUUGGCGAAACAAGCUUCGGUCAGAGGAAGUUCGACGUAUUUACCUGAGGGAAACAAACCCCUCUUCCCCCUGGAUGUGAUCAUGAAGGAAUUAUCACUUGGUGCGGAAGUAUCAGACAACAAUGGUGCUCAGGGGACGUUGACUUUCUCUGCCAAGAUGAAUAGGAAAGGUGAAGUUGACGAAACGAAGGUGAGAUUGGGAUGGAUCAAGAAACCUAAAGUGAUAACGUAUCAAGCUGUAGAUCAAGCUCUUGGUUUACCUAUUUACAAAUCUACCAGACCAUUCGGUGGUCCAGUCAAAUCUCCAUCCGAUACUCGCAAAAUGGAUAUCGAACAGACCGAUCUAGACGAUAUCAGAACUCUCUAUGAGAUUGCCAAAGCCCAUCGAGUGAGGAGGUAUGCUAGAGCAGGAUUAGAAUGGAACUUGCCUUCUGCUAGUAUCAACCUUUUGAACAAACCUUUCUCGCCUCCAACAAAUCUCUUUGACUCUUCGAAUAUACCUUCCACACCUAGAUUGUUCAGUGGCUCUUUAGACAUUGAUUAUAAAGUAUCAUCAUCCAGCACCGGAGGGAUGAACGCCGCGGGUCUGGUAGCUGAAUAUAUGAUUAUGGCGGGUCGACUCUCAGCUGCAUUUUGUUCUUCACGUAAUAUCCCAGUGAUAUAUCGAGGAUCAUUCGCACCUCGUCCUCUAUCCUCUGAAGUGGGUACGUUGGAAGAUCUAUUGAACUCCCGCCAGGAGGGGACAGGUCAAAUUGAUGCGUUUAGAUUGAUGGAUCCUGCCUGGUACAGAACACCAGGAUAUGUCGAUACCAAACCUGUUCCUCAUUGGAUAAUGGGAUUUGACGAUCCUUCUUCGCCCGUUGGAUAUAUCAGAGCUACUUCUCCUCUGAGACGAUUUGACGAUUAUCUAGUACAUUGGCAGAUCAAGUCUCACCUGGCAAGAGAAGCUAAUAUCGGAAAGAGGGAAUUGGAAAAAGGAUAUUCUAAAGAGGAAGUAAUAGGUCUGAUCAAACGGUCGGAUGAAGGUUUGAAAAGAGCUAAGAGAGCUGGUAUAAAUGCGAAUAAGUACUGGCAAGCUAGAGUAUUACAAAAGUAUCUACAAUCGCAAGAGAAAGUCUCACGUGGCUUUAGACUGCCAGAAGGAUGGGAGAUGAAUGAAGAUGAGAAAUUACCUGAAGAUGGAAUUUUCACUGCGAGAAUUGCAGGAUCGACUGAUUCUGUUCCAUCACUCAAUGCUGAAGCAACGCCUAUAAUCAUUGAGCAGUUGGGAUUACAAGCUUAUUUAAAUCAUCGAGUCCUUGGAAAUAAGGAGGGAUGGAAAAUCGGUGAAGAAGUGAGAUGUAAGAUUAGAGAUGUUCAGGAUUGGCCUAAUCCAAUGAUCAAUUUUGAUCUUGUGGAUUAA